CCGGGCUCCCAGUCCAGAUUGGAGGGAGGCAGACGGCCGCCCGCCCGCGCCGCUCCCGUCCUUCCUCCCGGGGCCGUUCAGCCCCGUCCAUCCCUCUUCCUCCUCGGGCGCCGGCCUCGCGGAGCCCGUCCCGACGCGGUCACGAGGGCGGACAGCGCGGCCGGGCCGCUCCCUGCCCUCCCCCGCGAGGGCCCGGCGCGGCCGCACCAGGCAGGCGCCCGGCCGAGAUGCUCGAGUCCUUCCCGGCGCCCUCAGUCCCCGCCACCUGCUCGCCAGGGAAGAGGACGCGCAGAACAGCUGCUGGCACGCCCCGCGUCCUCCGACCUUGACCCAAGCAUGCAGGCCCCACCCUGCAGCCUCCCAGCUGGGCUCAGCCUGGACGACUUCAUCCCUGGCCACCUCCGGGCCCACGUAGGGGCGUCCUCCCGGGGCACUCGGGUGCCUGUGAUCCGGAAUGGUGGCUCCAACACCCUUAAUUUCCAGUUCCAUGAUCCUGCGCCCCGGACCGUGUGCAACGGGUACUUCCCACCGAGGAGAGAUGCUUCCCGGCACCCAGACCCCGCUUGGUAUCAGACCUGGCCAGGCCCUGGGAGCCGGCCCUCGGGGAUCCAGAAGACCCCCACCGCCCAGCAUCCCCAGAACUGGUCAGCCACAUGGACCAAGGACAGCAAACGCCGGGACAAGCGCUGGGUCAAGUACGAGGGAAUCGGGCCGGUGGACGAGAGCGGCAUGCCAAUUGCCCCCCGAUCUAGUGUUGACAGUCCCAGGGACUGGUACCGGAGAAUGUUCCAGCAGAUUCACCGAAAAAUGCCAGACUUGCAGCUGGACUGGACCUUUGAGGAAGCACCCAGAGUGGCUUCCUCCUCUGCUACCUCUGCAGACUCCAGGCAUCCAGGGGCCCCGCACAGACCUGCCUCCCGGCCAGGCCAGGCCUCCUCUCUGAGCGGAAGAAGCUGGGACUGCUCUGACGAGUUGCCUAGAAGCACCUUCCACUGCAAUCCUGGAGCAUCCUCCUCCCUGUCCCAGACCCCUAAUCAGGUGCCCAGACGCCGCGAGAAGGCGGACAACAUCUGGACGGAAGAAUCUUGGAACCAGUUUCUGCAAGAACUGGAGACUGGGCAGAAGCCCAAGAAACCUCUGGUGGACGACCCUGCGGAGAAGCCCUCCCAGCCCAUUGAGGUCUUGCUGGAGAGAGAGCUGGCCAAGCUGAGCGCGGAGCUGGACAAGGACCUGCGGGCUAUCGAGACCCGGCAGCCCUCCCCCAAGGGCUCCCAGGCGCCCCGACGGCCCCAGGAGCCGCGGCCCCCCGCGCGCCCCGCCUCCGCCUGGAGCCCCAGCUUCCCGAAUGCACUUUACCGGGGUUCCUCCCGACCCCUGAGCCCCCACAGAAUGGCGGAUGGAGGAAGCCCCUUCCUAGGUCGUAGGGAUUUUGUCUACCCUUCCUCAGCCCGAGACCGCGGUGCCUCCGAACGAGGGGUCAGUCCUGCCAGGAAGGAAGAGAAGAAGAGGAAGGCUGCCAGGCUCAAGUUUGACUUCCAGGCACAGUCGCCCAAGGAGCUGACCCUGAAGAAGGGUGACAUCGUCUACAUCCACAAGGAGGUGGACAAGAACUGGCUGGAGGGGGAGCACCACGGCAGGGUGGGCAUCUUCCCUGCCAGUUACGUGGAGGUGCUGCCUGCAGAUGAGAUCCCCAAGCCCCUCAAGCCCCCGACCUACCAGGUGCUGGAGUAUGGAGAAGCGGUGGCCCAGUACAACUUUAAGGGGGAGCUGGAGGUGGAGCUGUCCUUCCGAAAGGGGGAACGCAUCUGCCUGAUCCGAAAGGUGAACGAGAACUGGUAUGAGGGGCGCAUCUCCGGCACGGGGCGCCAGGGCAUCUUCCCGGCCAGCUACGUGCAGGUGUGCCGUGAGCCCCGGCUCCGUGUCUGCGAUGAGGGCCCCCAGCUCCCUGCGUCUCCCGGCCUGACCACCGCCCGGCUGGCCGCCCGUCACCCCAGCUCCCCAGUAAUGCCACGCAGUCCAGCUGACCCUGCCGACUGGGGGGGCCAGGCCUCCCCCCGCCGCACUGGCUUCUCCUCCUCCAUGCAUGACCCCAGACCACAGACCCAGAGUCUCAGCACCCCUGGGUCUUCUCUGUCCCACCCUGGAAGCUCCAGCCGUCCCUCGGACCUGGGGACCUCCUACCCUCACACCACUCAGAUACACUGGACCCCGUACCGGGCAAUGUAUCAGUACAGGCCCCAGAAUGAGGAUGAGCUGGAGCUGCGGGAGGGGGACCGGGUGGAUGUCAUGCAGCAGUGUGACGACGGCUGGUUUGUGGGUGUCUCCCGGAGGACCCAGAAAUUUGGGACAUUCCCUGGAAAUUAUGUAGCUCCAGUGUGACAGGUCUCCGUGGCAACUCAGAACCCAGCCAGGAUGGGGCAGGGAGCCACCGCACUUCUGGGAGGGAGAGCGCACCCCUCCUUCCCGCCUCCUCCUCCCCAGGACCUGGCUGCUGGCAUCCGCA